AUGGCUGCCAAAACCCCAAGCUCAUGCUUUACUUUCCUAAAGGAAGCCCUGACCCUCCCCACGCGAAACCCUAAGCUCUUCACGCCCGUGUUCCUCGUGUUGGCCGUCGCCACCUUCCUUGUCCGCUCAGUCCAUGUCGUGUUCAUCCAGCCUCUCGCAGACGACAUGGCCAGGUCCAUCUAUCUCAUCGAGAUGAGGAACACCGGCAUCUCCUGUGCGGAGUGCGCCAAGCUCGAAGAGGGCGCCAUAAAGAUCAUGCUCAUCUCCAUCUCCCAAGUGAUCCUCAUGCUGGCGCUUGGCUUCGUCAAGAAGGUCCUCACCUUCUUCGCGGCCUCCACGACCUACUCCGGCGACCGCCACUCGCUCGCCGAGCUCGUCCGCAAGGUGAUCUGCAAGGGGAACACCCUGAAGGGCCCUGCUAUCACCUUCGCCGUGGUCACCGCGCUCGACCUGGCGUGGACGGCCGUGCUGGUCGCCAUGCGUACAACCACCGUGAUGAUGCUUGGCCGCCGCUGGGGUGUUCUCUCUGUUCAGGGCCUCGUCUUCCUCCUCACGCUCCUCGCCGAGCUAUGCUUCGCCGUCCUCGCGCUGGUGAGCGUCGCCGCGUCGGUGGUCGACGGGGAGCGCCGCGGCGUGCGCGCGCUCAGGCAGGCGUGGCGGCUCAUGACGCGGGUGAGGAGGAAGGAGGGCCUCCUGUUGGUAGUCCUGGCGUACCUCCUGCCCACCGUCGUGGCUCCGGUGUACCGGGCUGCUCUUGUGUACUCGAGGAGGAGCAUGGCGGCGGGGCUGUGCGUGCUCGCUGGGUAUGCUUUUGUGUUCGCUGCGCUGCAGCUGGUCUAUCUGGCGGCAGCCACGGUGUUCUACUACGAAGCCAUGGAGAGCAAGGAGGCGGUGCCUUGUGACGCCUAUGCCCAGAUUCCUUCCGGUGAAGGAGAUGUCUGA